AUGCAGAGCAAGACCAGUGAUGCAUUGAAGUAUACCGUAUCAUUGGGGGACAUCAACGUCGAAAUAAUUGACACACCAGGCCUUGGUGACUCAAAGGGAAUAGAGCAAGAUAAGAAACACGUUACAAAAAUCAUUGAUACUCUUAAAAAAGAAGAUUACGUCAAUUGUGUUUGCCUUAUCGUCAAUGGAAGAUCCUCCCGUAUGAGUGCUACACUUAGUUAUGUACUAAGUGAGAUAACGUCUAUUCUUCCCAAGACAAUACUCAAUAAUAUCAUUGUGGUAUUCACUAAUACCACUGGUUUGCUGCAACUGAGCUUUGACUUGGGAGCGCUGAAGCAUUACUUUGGUCAAAACUUGGAGCACAGCUACUACAUUGAAAAUCCGUACUGCCUUUUCGAGAAAGCUAACAAAAAGAAAGGUUUAAUGUCCAAAGAGCUACUAGCUGAGAGCUUAAAGGACGAAUUCGAGAGAACAGCAAAGACAUUGAAUAAACUCUUUGCUACAAUGAAGUCCUUUGAGCUGGUCCAGACAAACAAUUUCCUACAGCUUUAUGAGAAAAAGGAGAAGAUCGAGGUAACCGUAGCAGAAGCUCUUAAAAAGUAUGACACUCAAUUGGAAAUCACAGCUGAAAUAGAAAAAAAAGAAAAAGAGAUUAGUGAUGCUGUCAGCAAAAGUCAGUAUAAUGAAAAAUAUAAGGAACGUCAAACUUCAACUUGCAGAGAAUCAAUAAGCACAUCUCACCACAAUACAAUAUGCACAGCAAAAGAGUGCUUUUCAACCUGCCAUGAACACUGCAUUCUACCUCGAACAGUGGAAGCAAUUAACUUCAAAAGUUGCAUACGUAUGAAUGGGGAUUAUUGCACUGUAUGUGGCCAUCAUUAUUCCUCACAUCAGCAUCUGUAUGUUAAGUAUAUAGAUGUGGAACGCGUCUGGUGGACAAUUAAUGCUGACAUGGAGAGGAGGUUUCUUGAAGCAAAAAAUGACAAAGAAAGGGCAACAUUAUUGAAGAAGGAGCUUCAAGAAAAGCAUGAUGCUAUUAUUAAAGAAAAAGAGAAGUUAUUUGAAAUACUUAAUCAGGCAAUCAAGGAGUUUCAAGCUUUGGGCAUUAAUCAUAGUUUUAAGAAAGUUUUAAAGAAUCAAGUCUCUUUCAUUGAGCAUCAUUUGGAAGGGCAAGCAGAUUUAGAUCCUAACAGCAGCGGAGCUAAGAGGUUAGAAGAAAGUAGAAAAGAAUUAAAGAAGAAGAUCGAAAUUAUUAAGGAGCUAAAAAGUAACUUCCAAUUAUUAUCAACUAUUGUGCAGUAG